UUAAAAUUCUCCAUCCUGACUUCAGCCGCCGAUGGAAGGAAGACUACAUAAAGGACCUUCACAAGAGAUACUGGUGGAAAACUCAAGAAAAGGCACCAAAGCUUGGAAACAACUUCAUUACGGUUCCGACGGUCAUGUUCGAGUAGUUGAUCUCCGCACUCAAACCGGAACGCUAACCAGACCGUUCGUCAAACUAUGCUUUCUACCAACCGCCGAAGAUAAAGAAACAGUAAUAUGGACGUGGAUAUGGCAUCAUCGUCAACGCCAACCAUGCGCUCGGCAGUUUCCGCCCCUCGCUCCGAAGCUGCCCCAAUAGCAGCACCCCGGACCAACAUGGCACCGGCAGCGCCUCGAACAACAACAGGCGCCACCGCGACAAAGCCUCCGCGUCGAAGCACGCCAGGAUUACCAGCGGAUCUGCAACGAAUUCGUUGUCCACUAUGCCGCCGUCCGCAUCGGCUAUCGCACUGCGGUAUCUUCAAAGGCAUGCCGCCGAUGCAACGCCAGCAGGUGGCACAGGCGCACGGGUAUUGCCUGAACUGUCUGGCAACUUCCCAUGCAACUCAGGAGUGCCCAUCAAAUAAUCGUUGCCAAAUCUGUGUGCGGGCUCACCAUACGCUGUUGCACCGCACUACCAGACGCGACUCCGGGCGACCACCGGCUCCUCGCACCAGCGGUAACGUCAGGCGUUCUCACAGAACGCCUGUGACGGCUUACCGCCGGCGUGGACACUCUCCAGCAGAAUCUCGUUCCUGGCGCCAAAACCGGACAACGUCAACACGGCGCCAUCAGCUUAGGCCGCAAUCCCGGCGGUCAACAGGUCUCAGCAGCGUUAUAGCUACGCUACAGCAACUACAGCGGCUUCUAGGCUAAAUACUCGCCUAGGGGGGCCGGGAUGGCUAAAUGAGUAGCGACGUCGCAUCAGAUUUACAUAAUUUCACCACACCAAAUCACAUUAACACACCCACACGCACA